UUUUAGGAAGGAGCCGGGCCUGCCUAGGAUCGAUGGGAUUGUGUUAUUUUUUUGCUUUCUGUUCGGUGAUGGAGAAGCAUGUUUGGCAAUGCCAAGUGGUGAUAGCAAAAUGUCCUCCUAGAACAUGGAAAUAAGAUUGUCCUCUGCGGAAAAACUAUAAAAUUAGCAAUUAAAAGGUGACAGUAGAGAUGUGCAAAGUUAGUUUAAAGAAACAGAAUUUUGCCAGGCCUUGAAGACUUUGACUAUAUUCCGACAACUAACAGACUGUAUAUCGUUCAGCUGGAGGUCUGGUCUGUUAGUGAAGCGUGCAAUCGGAGCGGCGCGCCUGCCCCAGAUGAACCCAAGCCUCCUGUAGGAGAGAGAGGGAUUCCUGGCUUUAGUAGUAGGACCUCUCCAGAGCCUGAGAGUUGAGCCUCAGGACUCAUCCUAUCGGACAUUGAGAUAACUCAGUCCUUUUGUUCGUAUUCUGUAUUCACCAAGCAAAUUUGUAAGUUGUCUUAUCAGUAGUCCUGCAGAGGAGUUGGACAGGUUGAUCGGAACAUCCAGUUGAUAGCCUGUAGUUCUCUUUGUAAAUUAAUAAACUGGCAUCCAGGUUUCUGCAGACAUCUCUUUGUUUCCACUUUUUCUCACUCUGUGGGAUUCUGUCUCAUCUUUCAGGGCUCAGUUGAAAUGCUACAUCCUCACAGGGGCCUGUUUGUUUAUGGGUUCAGGUGCCUAGAACUGUUUCUGGCACAUAAUAGGCAUUCACCCUAAUUCCCUCAGCUCUCAGUCUUUGCUCAGAUGUCACCUUUUAAUGAUGCCUAGCCUGAUGACCCUAUUUAAAAUUGCAGCCUAGUUCCUCUCACAUAACACGUUUCCAAUCCUCCCUUUCCCAUCUCUACUUGUUCUUUUUCCCUAUAGCCCUUAUCACCUUUAUGUAUUUGGUUUGCUGAUGAACCCCAGGUGCCAAGAACAACGCCUGUCAUAUAGUGGAUGUAAGAUUUGUAGAAUUAACACCUUUGUUGUGUUUCAUUCACACUGUAUACACAGUACCUGUAUGAAUAGAGAUAUUUUGAGCACUGUUAAUACAUGAAUUGGAUCAAUUCAGGAAUCCUAACAAGAUCGUCUUUUUGACCAAAGUCGGUAUCUUGCACCAUUGUUAAUUUAUCAAGGUAAAUGCCACUUUAAUGUGUCUUGAUUAGAAAUCUUUGUCCACUUUCCUAUUAGGCUCCUGGAGGGAAUACAUGUCAUAUGAUGGGAACGGUAUGAGAAGAAUAGAGAUGGGAAUGUAGGAACUGUUAACAUUCUAGAGCAUGCUGAUCCCAUUUUCAACGAAGAAUUGCUUCCAGCUACUUUAUAACCUCAAGGUCCCAGCAGCUGGCUUUAAAAACACAGUAAAAAGUGGGCUCAUUUUACAGUCGAUUUCCAAUGAUGUUUACCAAAAUCUGGCUGUAGAAGACUGGAUCCAUGACCACAUGAAUCUAGAAGGCAAGCCGGUUCUUUUCUUGUGGAGAAAUUCUCCCUCUGUUGUAAUUGGUAGGCAUCAGAAUCCUUGGCGGGAAUGUAACCUGAAUCUGAUGAGAGAAGAAGGUAUAAAACUGGCUCGGAGAAGAAGUGGAGGAGGAACAGUCUACCAUGAUAUGGGUAAUAUCAAUUUGACUUUUUUUACAACCAAAAAAAAGUAUGAUAGGAUGGAAAAUCUAAAAUUAGUUGUGAGAGCUCUGAAUGCUGUCCAACCUCAGCUGGAUGUGCAGGCUACCAAAAGAUUUGACCUUUUACUUGAUGGACAGUUUAAAAUCUCAGGAACAGCUUCCAAGAUUGGCCGGACUACUGCUUAUCACCAUUGCACUUUAUUAUGUAGUACCGAUGGGACUUUCUUGUCGUCUAUGCUGAAGAGCCCUUACCAAGGGAUCAGGAGCAAUGCCACUGCUAGCAUACCUGCCUUAGUAAAAAAUCUUUUGGAAAAAGAUCCCACUCUGACCUGUGAAGUACUGAUGAAUGCAAUUGCUGCAGAGUAUGCUGCUUAUCAUCAAAUUGAUAAUCACAUUAACCUAAUUAACCCAACAGAUGAGACACUGUUUCCUGGAAUAAAUAGCAAAGCCAAAGAACUACAAACCUGGGAGUGGCUAUAUGGCAAAACUCCAAAGUUUAGUAUAGACACUUCUUUUAAUGUGUUAUAUGGACAGUCACACUUGGAAAUUAGAGUAUUCAUAGACAUAAAGAAUGGAAGAAUUGAAAUCUGUAAUAUUAAAGCACCCGAUCAUUGGUUGCCACUGGAAAUAUGUGACAAAUUAAAUUCAAGUUUUAUUGGUAGUAAGUUUUGCCCAAUUGAAACUACUAUGCUAAUAAAUAUAUUACGUAGAACAUCCCCAGAAGACGAUGAAUUACACAGUAAAUGGAAUAUUCUCUGUGAAAAAAUUAAGGGAAUAAUGUGAUUCCAAGUAAAUUUCUAAAUAUGGACAGUUUCAAUGAGAAAAUAAAAAUUUUAGUGUACAUUGUAUGUCUCUUAAAAUAAAACAGGCCUAGUCUCUUUCAGUAACUUCUCCCCAUUAGAAAUUGUCUCUCACCUAUCCUUGUCCAUAUUUUCUACUGACCUCUAGGAUACUCGGUCUCUUUCUUCAUUGAUUUUAAUACCAGGCACACAUUUACAUUUCAGCUGCUUCCUCUGUUACCAUCUUGGGGAUGUCUACCAUAUUAGACACUCUGACCUCAGUGUGUUCUUUUUCUUACCUCAAGGGAAUAUAACCCAGGCUUCUUGCCAUCUCUGAUACCUUAACCUCUAAAAUUCUCCCUUUUGGUUGUAUUUCUUAUCCUUCCAUUCUCUCCCACUAAAUCAAGCCCCUUGCACUUUUCUGAGCCUUUAACUCUUCCUUCCUCUCCCUUCCGACCCUAGCCUGAAUUAUUUCGUCUACUCUCCUUACCAGCAUUCUCAUUUGCUUCUCUCUUGACCUACCAUAGCCAUCUUUUUUUUUUUUGUAUUCCAACAAUUGAUUUUUUUACUUCUAUACCUAGAUGGCAGGCAACACUGGAAGAAAAUUCACAUAAUCAUGCAGAUUAACCCAAUGUCAUAUUUACAAUUUUCAAAUCCACAAUUUGUUGGUGUCAGAUUCAACUUGUCUCUAUU